CAUUUCACUCCUCCCCCUCCACUGGAUCCGGAAAGGGAGGUGGGACUGUACCCCGCGCGGCGAGCUGGGAUAGCUGCGCACGCGCAGCUUCCGGCUCCAUGUCUCGGGAAUUAUUUGACGCCGCCGUUCAGGACUCGCAGAAGUCUCUGACCAGGCGCGCAGCGCACGCGCAGUGGCCACUGGCUGGAGGAGCUAUUUGACGCUGUCGCCUCUGGCAGUCGGAAGUUGCCUGAGCAGAGCCCAGCCGGCCGGCCCGACCGGCCUUCGUCGUCCCCUGGCGCCCUCAGAGAGUCGCUGACCGCUGGACGGACCGACCGCCUGAGGACAGUUGGCCGGGGCAGCGAAAACGCCGGCCCUAUGGCGCCCGAGGCGUGAGGCGGAAAGCCGAGUGCGGCUGGCAGUGGUGGCGCCCGCCCCAGCAAUGCGGGCCCCGCCCGUCGCCUCAGGUGCCAUUUGGAUAGUACUUUAGCGGCACGAUGUACUCUGAGUGGAGGUCCCUGCAUUUGGUGAUUCAGAAUGAUCAGGGUCACACCAGUGUUCUGCACAGCUAUCCAGAGAGCGUUGGGCGAGAGGUGGCAAAUGCAGUUGUCCAUCCUCUUGGGCAGGCCUUAGUAACUUCUUCAGUGGCUAGUAGUGAGAGUUUGUUAAAAACUGACAAAGAAGUAAAAUGGACCAUGGAAGUAAUUUGCUAUGGACUGACCCUUCCAUUGGAUGGAGAAACUGUAAAAUAUUGUGUUGAUGUAUAUACAGACUGGAUUAUGGCUUUAGUGUUGCCGAAAGAUUCUAUUCCAUUGCCAGUUAUUAAAGAACCAAAUCUAUAUGUUCAAAGUAUACUAAAACACCUGCAAAAUCUUUUUGUACCAAGACAGGAACAGGGCUCCAGUCAGAUCCGACUAUGCUUACAGGUCCUGAGAGCCAUUCAGAAACUGGCCCGCGAAUCAUCCAUCAUGGCCCGAGAAACCUGGGAAGUCUUAUUGUUGUUUCUUCUGCAGAUUAAUGACAUACUUCUAGCCCCUCCAACUGUUCAAGGUGGAAUUGCUGAGAAUCUGGCAGAGAAGUUGAUUGGUGUUCUCUUUGAGGUUUGGUUACUAGCUUGUACUCGGUGCUUCCCAACACCUCCAUAUUGGAAAACAGCUAAGGAGAUGGUGGCUAACUGGAGGCACCACCCGGCCGUGGUGGAGCAGUGGAGCAAGGUCAUUUGUGCACUCACUUCAAGAUUGCUACGCUUUACAUAUGGUCCUUCAUUUCCUCCAUUUAAAGUUCCUGAUGAAGAUGCCAGUCUGAUCCCUCCUGAAAUGGAUAACGAGUGUGUUGCACAGACAUGGUUUCGCUUUUUACAUAUGUUAAGUAAUCCUGUGGAUUUGAGUAACCCAGCCAUUAUAAGCUCUACUCCCAAAUUUCAGGAACAGUUCCUGAAUGUGAGCGGAAUGCCACAAGAAUUGAAUCAGUAUCCCUGCCUUAAACAUCUGCCUCAAAUAUUUUUUCGUGCCAUGCGUGGGAUCAGCUGUCUGGUGGAUGCAUUCCUAGGCAUUUCUAGACCCCGAUCAGAUAGUGCUCCUCCAACACCCGUGAAUAGAUUAAGUAUGCCUCAAAGCACUGCUGUCAGUACCACCCCACCACAUAAUCGAAGGCAUCGGGCUGUUACUGUGAAUAAGGCCACCAUGAAGACAAGCACAGUUAGUACUGCUCAUGCCUCGAAAGUUCAGCACCAGACAUCCUCCACUUCUCCUCUGUCAAGUCCAAAUCAGACAAGUUCAGAACCCCGGCCACUGCCUGCCCCUCGGAGACCAAAGGUUAACAGCAUCUUGAAUCUCUUUGGAUCAUGGUUAUUUGAUGCAGCAUUUGUUCACUGUAAACUUCAUAAUGGGAUUAACAGAGACAGCAGCAUGACUGCCAUUACAACACAAGCUAGCAUGGAGUUUCGACGGAAGGGGUCACAAAUGUCUACAGACACCAUGGUUUCCAAUCCCAUGUUUGAUGCAAGUGAAUUUCCUGAUAACUAUGAAGCAGGAAGAGCUGAGGCUUGUGGGACACUGUGUAGGAUUUUUUGUAGCAAGAAGACUGGAGAAGAGAUUCUGCCAGCUUAUUUAUCCAGAUUUUACAUGCUUUUAAUUCAAGGUUUGCAGAUAAAUGAUUAUGUGUGCCAUCCUGUCUUGGCCAGCGUUAUUCUAAACUCCCCUCCUUUGUUCUGCUGUGACUUGAAAGGGAUUGAUGUUGUGGUUCCUUACUUUAUUUCAGCUCUUGAAACCAUUUUGCCUGACAGAGAACUCUCCAAAUUCAAAAACUAUGUAAAUCCAACAGAAUUAAGAAGAUCUUCCAUUAAUAUCCUGCUUUCUUUGUUGCCCCUCCCUCAUCACUUUGGCACAGUCAAAUCUGAGGUGGUUCUGGAAGGAAAGUUUAGUAAUGAUGACAGCUCUUCUUAUGAUAAACCAAUAACUUUUUUGUCCCUGAAGUUGAGACUUGUGAAUAUACUAAUAGGUGCCUUGCAAACGGAAACAGACCCCAACAACACUCAAAUGAUAUUAGGAGCAAUGCUAAAUAUUGUUCAAGAUUCAGCACUUUUAGAAGCCAUUGGUUGCCAAAUGGAAAUGGGUGGUGGAGAAAAUAACCUGAAGAGUCAUAGUCGCACUAACAGUGGUAUUAGUUCAGCAAGUGGUGGAAGCACAGAGCCCACAACUCCUGAUAGUGAAAGACCUGCUCAAGCUCUCCUAAGAGAUUAUGAUUCAGCUGCGGGGCUACUGAUUCGCAGCAUUCAUCUCGUCACCCAAAGACUUAACUUCCCAGUGGCGACCCAGACAUGGAGCAUAUCACUGGCAGCUCUGGGAGUUCUUUUCGGCCUGGCAAAGGUGAAGGUGAUGGUUGAUUCCGGAGACCGGAAGCGAGCCAUCAGUUCUGUCUGCAGCUACAUUGUGUACCAGUGUAGUCGGCCAGCUCCUCAUCACUCCCGGGACCUGCACUCCAUGAUAGUGGCAGCUUUUCAAUGUCUCUGUGUCUGGCUGACAGAGCAUCCUGACAUGCUUGAUGAAAAGGACUGUCUUAAGGAAGUACUGGAGAUUGUGGAACUGGGUAUUUCGGGAAGUAAGUCCAAGAGCAGUGAGCAAGAGGUCAAGUACAAAGGAGAUAAGGAGCCAAACCCUGCUUCUAUGAGGGUAAAGGAUGCUGCUGAAGCCACCCUAACAUGUAUUAUGCAGUUGCUUGGUGCAUUUCCUUCACCCAGUGGUCCUGCCUCUCCUUGUAGUUUGGUGAAUGAGACCACUUUGAUUAAAUACUCCAGGCUGCCAACCAUAAACAAGCAUAGCUUCCGGUACUUUGUCCUGGAUAACAGUGUCAUCCUGGCAAUGCUGGAGCAGCCUCUUGGAAAUGAACAGAAUGAUUUUUUUCCCUCCGUCACUGUGCUGGUUCGGGGAAUGUCUGGAAGACUUGCAUGGGCACAACAGCUUUGCCUUUUACCCAGAGGAGCAAAAGCAAAUCAGAAGCUUUUUGUGCCUGAACCUCGUCCAGUUCCUAAAAAUAAUGUUGGAUUUAAAUAUACUGUGAAACAUCGACCAUUUCCUGAAGAAGUAGAUAAGAUUCCUUUUGUGAAAGCAGAUCUGAGCAUUCCAGACUUGCAUGAAAUCGUCACUGAGGAAUUAGAAGAGAGACAUGAAAAAUUAAGGAAUGGAAUGGCCCAGCAGAUUGCUUAUGAAAUACACCUUGAACAACAAAGCGAGGAAGAAUUGAAGAAGAGAAGUUUUCCUGAUCCAGUUACGGAUUGUAAGCCCCCACCUCCUGCCCAGGAAUUCCAAACAGCACGCCUUUUCCUUUCACACUUUGGAUUUUUGUCCUUAGAAGCAUUGAAGGAACCUGCAAAUAGUCGUCUACCUCCUCACCUUAUUGCACUCGACUCCACAAUACCUGGAUUUUUUGAUGACAUUGGGUAUCUGGAUCUCUUGCCCUGUCGUCCUUUCGACACAGUUUUUAUUUUCUAUAUGAAACCAGGUCAGAAAACAAACCAGGAGAUUUUAAAGAAUGUGGAGUCUUCCAGAAAUGUUCAGCCACAUUUCCUAGAAUUUUUGCUCUCCCUUGGCUGGUCAGUAGAUGUGGGCAGACAUCCUGGUUGGACUGGGCAUGUUUCCACCAGUUGGUCUAUAAACAGUUGUGAUGAUGGCGAAAGACCAGAACAAGAUGAAGUGAUUUCCUCUGAAGAUAUUGGGGCUAGUAUUUUCAAUGGCCAGAAGAAGGUGCUGUAUUACGCUGAUGCCCUUACAGAAAUAUCUUUUGUGGUUCCUUCUCCCGUGGAGUCAUUAACUGAUUCAUUGGAAAGUAACAUCUCGGACCAAGACAGUGAUUCAAAUAUGGAUCUUAUGCCAGGAAUUCUGAAACAGCCAUCCUUGACACUUGAGCUUUUCCCUAAUCACACAGACAAUCUUAAUUCCUCACAGAGGCUCAGUCCCAGUUCCAGAAUGAAGAAGCUGCCUCAGGGCCGCCCCGUGCCUCCCCUUGGACCUGAAACAAGAGUGUCUGUAGUCUGGGUGGAACGCUAUGAUGAUAUAGAAAACUUUCCCCUCUCAGACCUGAUGACAGAAAUCAGUACUGGUGUGGAAACUACUGCAAAUAGUAGCACUUCUCUGAGAUCUACCACUCUUGAGAAGGAAGUUCCUGUCAUCUUCAUUCACCCUUUAAACACUGGAUUAUUCCGGAUAAAAAUUCAAGGAGCCACUGGAAAAUUUAACAUGGUCAUCCCUCUUGUGGAUGGGAUGAUCGUCAGCAGGCGAGCACUCGGUUUCCUGGUGAGGCAGACUGUAAUUAAUAUUUGUAGAAGAAAGAGGCUGGAGAGUGACUCCUACAGUCCACCACAUGUCCGCCGGAAACAGAAAAUCACUGACAUUGUCAACAAGUACCGGAACAAGCAGUUGGAGCCAGAGUUUUAUACUUCACUUUUCCAGGAGGUUGGACUCAAGAACUGUAGUUCUUAGACUCUUGAACUGUCUAGGAUUCUUCAACUCCAGUUUGGGGCUAUAAUAUCAAAGUAAAACAAUUUGAUAGGUGAUCACUGUAAAGAUAAAAACAAAUCACUCCCCAAGAGCUUACUGUUUAAUCACCAGAAUAGAAGAAACACAUUUAAACCCUUCUGAUAGAAGACUUCCAGCUUUCUAGUGAAAUGGGCUCCAGACACAAUCAUAUUCCUUCUGGUAAUGAUGAUAUACAUUUUAGCCAUAAACUUUCUUUUAAAAGUGACAAUUUUAGUUAAAUCUGAGCCUUUUGAGGAGAAAGGCUUUUAUGCAUCUCAGUUAAACACUUGCAUUGGUAGUAUCAAAUUUGCAAAUUAGAAGUUGAAGAUAAUUUUAUACCUCACUUUUUAGGAGGUUGUGUUCAAAAUUAAAAUCUGUCUCAGAAUCUUCAGGACCUUUGAAGACUCAAGUUGAUAGCAUGGAGGAAAAGGAAAGAAAUCUCAACUUUCUGCUCACUCAUUAGGUCCAUUUGUCAUCUGUCUGUCAUCCAGCUGUCCAGCUGACAGAAAAGGACUUGUUUUUGGCUCAGAUAUGAAGUCUGGCAUUAAAAUCUUUCAUAUUUUCUCUCCACAUUUCAAAAAGUUGUUAUGCUCAUUACUGCACAGACCUGUCUGAAAGCCUCAUUUCUGGGCAGCCCAGGAGCAGAUCUAAUAUGGAGGCAUGGCCCUGUCCUUUAAUAGGGGGACAGAAGGAGUUUGUGGGGUUAGAAGUUGUAAGACAGCAGUGAUGCCUCCACUCUCUCCAGUAUUGUCUAGCUUGGUGACACAAUGACAGGGUAAACAUUUGUAAUUCCUUGGUAAUUUCUUGGUUAAAUAGUAAGAAAUAUAAAUUCACAACAAGAGUUGAAAAUUAUUUGGUUUCAUUCAUUGUCUCUUAUUUCAGGACCAAGCAGGAGACUGCAGUAGUUUAUGAAGGAUUCUAAUUUGGGGUUCAGGAAAUAGCCUCUCACCGCUACUAAUUCAGAUCUCUCCCAGAGAGCUACUGGAUUUCAUCACUGUUGACAAACAUUAGUGACCACCUCCUUGGGUGGCUGCUGUGAAAAAUGGCUAUUGUCAUAUUUUCUGGACUUUGCCAGCUGAAGGCACAACAAAUCCCAGCCUGGGUUUUGGAAAUACUUGUUACCUCGCUGCUACUUUUCUGCCAGGGAUAAAUGUUUUGAGGUGGCCAGACCCAGAACAUCGAUUACAAGGAUUCCUGUUACAGCUCUAGAGUAGACACUGCUUAUUUCUCCUAUUCUUAUGCACUUUCCUCUUUAUUAAGAUCAUUUUAUGUUAAGAAAAUAAGUGACAUUUAAAGUCCAAAAAGGAGUGAUCACAGUUGUAUUAGGGGUGAUUUCUCACCUGAAGUCUGUUAUCAAUAGAUUCUGUAGGUUAGGGAUGCAAUGGUCUGUUUGGUUUGAUGUAAUUAGGGGGCAGAGGAUAGUGUGUAGGGCCUAAUUCCCUGUGCAGGUACUUCUGUUUCAGAAGUACGUAUUUUGUCAUGUAUGAGCAAGAAAUGUGGGCAUAGUGGCUCCUGGUUUUAAGUUUGCUAUACUUUUUUCUUCAUGUUUGUUUUAAGCUCAGGUAAAACCUAUGACUCCAUUUUCCAUUCAGGGUAUGAUGUUAUUCAGUAAUUGAUUUUCUUUGUAAUCUGGGCAAUAAAUUGAUGUUUCCAGGUGGCAGCAUGGAGGAGGGGUAUGUAUGAUAAAGUUUAGGAAGUUCUACUCUAAAAAUGUUUUAGUAGCUCAGCAGAUAUAAGGCGAGGUUUAACAGUUUUCAUGGAAGUUCCAGAUUGACCGUUCAAGGGGAAAAUGGGCCCUUGUUCUAGUGGUUGUGAACAAAGAAGGCUAUAAAUUGAUGUGCAACUUAUAACAUUCCAGAGGUUAAAAAUAGCUGAUGUAGGUGUACUGCCUCAGUGAGAUUUUUCAGAUAAACCUUUUACCUUUGGCUUAGUUUUACUACUGUCAGCAAAAUGUACUGUGGUGUGCAUGUUGCAGGUAGGCUUCCUGAUCCUGUAGUUUGCUAUAAUUUCUGGCAACUCCUUGUAAUUCGAAUGGCUUUGAUAAGUGAACAUCUGUGUUGAAUGGAAUUUGUGACCUGAAAGAUCUAGUGGUCUCCCAGGGAAGGAGGGAUGGAUUCAGGACUAUGAAGUCCAGUAUGUAAGGCACAAACAGUAUGAGGUACACGACCUUGUCAGGUGCUGGUUCCUUCUGUUCAAAAUAACAUCUGCUUUAAAAGGAGGUGUGGUAAGAGCCUUGCACCUUUCACUAGAAUUACGGGUUUGAGUUCAUGGUCACUAAGGUCACCUACCUGCCUUUGUUAAAGUCACUUUGAGUAGAAUAAUGGCAGAGGAGCAUAUUUAGUCCCUAGUAACGGUUUUUAGAAGUCCACUUUAUAAGCUUGCUAGUGUGCACUCAUAACCUUUGGAGGGAAGCCGGGACCGCUUGGGCCUGUGGCUUAGACAGUUUAGUUGCUGUAUGCGACAGGUGCACUGGGAGGUGGAUGAGCGUGGCAUUCAUGACAAGAAAAGCAUUACCCAAGGGACAGAGUCAGGUAGUCCCUCAUCCUUCUAGCUUGCGUUUGGUGAUGGAGGCUUUCCUCUUCCUCUCUCUGGAAGCACUGAGGACAGUAACAGGGCUUUUGCCUUUUUAACCCUUUCCUUGUUCAGCCAACUUUCCCUUUUGUUCAGUGCUUCCCUCUAAGUGCCCCCUUCUCCUGCCCAUUGGCUGUUUGACAGGAAUAGUUACGUUGUGGGUUGACACUACUCAGACACACACUCAAACACACACAUACACUCACACACGCACACACACACCUGCGUGCACACACACACGCAUCCAUGCUGCUCACCAUUUCCAGGUCCUCUACUUCAGGGCAACCCAUUCUCCUCUGGCCUCAUAAAUACGAAAACCUACAGCUUUGGCCAGUAAUGUCGCGAGGUCUUCACAAACGGUUACUUCUACGUGCACGGAGGAACUCUGUCAGGUUCUGCAGACUGCUAUUUAAAAAGGCAGAGUCUUCAAGAGUAUUUAUUUUUACUGGCAGGUGAACUUUACCCAAAGUGGGAGUCAGCAUUGCUCAAAGGCUUGGUUUGUAAAAAGUAGAUGGUAAAAGGUGUAAUAGAGAUAAUUUGACACUCCUGCUGGCAGUAGUUCUCCAUUCAGCAUUUAAAAACCCAUUCAGGUUAUAUCUUCCUUAAAAAAAUGGUUCAUAUGUUUACAUGAAAUGAUAAGUUGCAUUAGAUGGUCUGUUUUAAGGAUUUCCAUGACAGCCUCUUUUCCUGAGACAGAGAGAUUGGAGGUAGUCCACCCGCUCAAUGUGGAAGCAAACGGGGGUUCUUUUCUUGGUAGCUAAAGAAGCCAUGUACUUAUUGUAUAGUGUUUUUCUCAAGAGUAUCAACUCAUGUUCUCCAGAUGCUUUUCUUUUUUUAUAAUGGUGAGGGAAGAGGUAUAAUUUGGGAUUCCACAGUGCCUUGCAUAUAGUAGGCGCCCAAUAAAUAUUUGUUGAAGCAAACCAAGUUUCCCAAGUCCUUGUCUCUUGCAGUGACCAAGAACAUCUUUCUCCUCCGAAGGGCUUGGCAGUUGUGGCUAAAAGAUAAGCAGUAUCAUUAUUUGCUUGAAACCAUAUAUACAAUUUGUAUGAAUUUCAAUAUGUUGCCAAGACAUGACCUUUUUCUUAUUGUAUUUUCUGUAAAUAUUUCUGGCUCUGAACUGUAAAGUAAAGGCGAAAUGUAAAUAUGAAGGCGCCGUGUCCCUCGCCUCCUGUGUUUUCUCUUCGUUGGUUAGGGAAGAAGGCCCAGAGGCUUGUUUGUAUUUAUGCCGAUCCUUUGUCCAGAAGAAACCCAUGGAAUAUUGAAUGUAAUACAUUUAGUCAAUUAAAUUUUAAGGAGAUUCUUAUCUAA